AUGAUCGCAUUCAAGACCCGACACCAAGCAGCUCUGGUUUUGCUGGCAGUUCUGCUGCAGGGUGUGUUCAUGGAGAGCAACCAGCUGCAUUUACUGCUCAUGGCUUCUGGUGGUGCGAUCACAGUGGCGGUGAUCCAUUUCCUCUUUAUGGGCAUGUGUCGGACUCCAUGGGAAUCGGUUAUACUGCUCCAACGCAUCAUCGUCACGGCAUUUAAGACGUUCGUGCAGUUUGCGAUACGACGUUGCACUAUCAAAUUCCCAAAUUGGUCGUUGCGCUUUGAACUUCUCCACUCGAUGAUCAGCGUGUGUACCGAGUCGUUCGGUGAACGGAUGGCGACUCAGAAGCACGCGCAGUGGAUUCGAGCUCAAAGUGACGUAGUGGGCUCGAUUCUCGGCUGGUUUUCUUGUUGCCAACUCAAUCGAAGCCUUGAGGCUGUACACUUCAACGGAUUGGAGCACGUGUGGCUUUACAACAAGCAACGGCGUCAGAAUAAAGCCAAACGUUUGGUGGUGCUCUACAUGCAUGGUGGAGGCUUCGCAGUGCUCAGCCCGAGACUCUACAUCUCACUCGGUGCUGUGUUAGCCUCCACGAUCGAAAAGGAGUUGAGUAAGUUGACCACCGAAGGUCUCAACGUUGACCUCCUUCUGGGGAACUACCGUAAAGCCCCAGAGUACUGUUUUCCCACUCAACCGGAGGAUGCCGUGACACUGUACGAGAACUACCUGCUAAAGCACGAAAACCUCUCGCCGUCGCAGAUCAUCCUCGCAGGCGACAGUGCCGGUGGAGGCCUCGUCAUGUCGAUACUACUUCGUUUGCGUGAAUCCCACCCAGAAAAUUUACCCCUUGCUGCCAUGUUAAUCUCUCCAGCCGUCGACCUAUCGGGUGAUGAACCUGAUGCCCCGGGCUGUUUCCUAGCGCGUGAAAUGUGUAAAGCAUUCAGCUCCGCCUACCAUCCAAGCUACGCUGAUCCAAGCAAGUGGGAAGACGCUUCCUCGGCCCAAUGCGAUCUCCACGGUCUCCCACCGGUUUUCCUACAAACUGGUAAACUUGACUAUAUCUUCCAGCACGGUGCUCGUCUAGCAGCUAAAGCUAAAUCUGAUGGCGUCACGAACUGGGAGAUCGAUGUACACGAGGAUAUGCCGCACGUCUUCUCCAUUUUCCCCACGUUCGUCCUCCCAUACGCCCAAGUGGGUGUCCAGAAUCUAGCAACAUUCGCAGCUAAACACUUUCUAACGGCUAGAUCUAACUAA